AUGCCCAAGGUUCCUGUUGAUUUUGCCGGACCAAGUUACUUCGGGGGCAAGAACGACCAACUAGUCCUGUGUGCUGGGAAAGCGGGCGAUAUCCAUGUCUGGGACCGCGAGUCGGCGACACUACUGCAUCACAUCCGUGCACAAGCUUUGGGCAGCGAUCUCACAUGCAUCGCUUGGAACCAUGCAGUGGAGCCGUUCAUGUUUGCCACGGGCAGUCAUGAUGGUGCCGUCAGAAUCUGGACCACUCCGAGGCCUCAGAGAACUCACCCUGCGUCUUCGGAGGCUCACAGCCAAGUUACCACAACGUCGAAUACGCCUAUGGACUCGUCGCCAGCGCUGUACGAUGGGGCAUAUACCGGGAGUCCCGUGCCUCAGCAGGGCGGCGCCAACGCUUCGGAUCGCCCUGACGAGUCCGACAAGGCCUGCGCUUGCGUUACUUAUCCGAAGACGCUAUGCAUUGCGGUGGUGGGUGUGGGACUUGUCGGCGGAGAGUUCAUCAACCAGUUACUCAACUUCCCUGCUCCCAAUCCAUCCCGGAUCGUGUCUCUCUCAUCGUCCAAGGCUACCCUGUUCUCCCCGGAUGGUCUUCCCAUAAACACGUCGGGGUGGAAGGAUGAGUUGGCCCAGUCCAGCCGAAUACCCGAUUUCCAGGUCCUCUGUCGAGAUUUGUGCGCUCUGGUGAAGUCCGGCCAAGAUGUGGUGCUCGUGGACAACACUUCCUCCAAUGUAGUCGCUGCCAUCUACCCGCAGUUCCUGAAGGCGGGUAUCCAUGUCAUUACUCCGAACAAGAAGGCUUUCUCUGCCGAACUCUCGUUGUAUGAGAGCAUCCUCUCUGCCAGCCUGGAAAGCGGUGCACGAUUCCUGAAUGAGGCGACAGUGGGCGCUGGUCUACCUAUCAUCUCGACUUUGAAGGAUCUAGUAGCUACAGGCGACAAGAUUGUCAAGAUCGAGGGUGUAUUCUCCGGCACGAUGAGCUACAUCUUCAAUGAAUUUUCUACUGCGAAGGAGGGAGGUCCUCCGUUCUCAUCUGUCGUCAGCAUCGCUCGCAGCAAGGGCUAUACGGAACCUCAUCCGGCAGAUGACCUAAACGGCGCUGACGUCGCCCGCAAACUCACUAUCCUGUCUCGCUAUAUUCCAUCUCUCCGAAUCGCACUCAAAGAUGGUUACCAGUCUGUUAUCACAAAGUCUCUAGUUCCGCCGGAGCUGGAAGGGACAGACACGGGUGACGAGUUCAUCAGGCGGCUACCGGAGUUCGAUGCCCGCUUCGACAAAAUGAGAGCCGAUGCGUUCAAAAGAGGGAAGGUGCUGCGAUUUGCUGGUGUCGUGGACGUGAACGCGAAGGUCAUCAAGGCAGAUCUAGAAGAGUAUAAUGUGAGUCACCCGUUCGUGACUGCUCUCGGAGGAUCAGACAAUAUUGUCAUGUUCCACACGGAGCGGUACGGUGCGCGGCCAUUGGUUAUCCAGGGUGCUGGAGCAGGCGCCGCUGUAACCGCCAUGGGGGUGAUGUCUGAUCUGCUAAAGCUCAUCUAA